GAAGUGGCGGCUGAUCUGGGUCCGCACCUUUUCCGGUAACACAGCACCGCCACCGCUGUGACUGAACGGCUGGAGAGAGAGGGAGGAAGAGAGACGGAGAGCGGCAAGAGCGGGGAGAAACGGCCCGGGGAGACUGGGGGAUGAUAGCCGCACACGUAGGGGGAAGAGAAGAAAGUCGGGUGAAUCAAUGACCUUUUGAGGGCUCUUCCUCUGGAUGUCCCGUCGCAGAACCGGAGCGGAGCGGGCGCAUUUCGGCGUGUUCUGAUCGGAAAAACGCCGCGCGGCGAAACCCAUCGACUGCAACUGGCUGAGGGCAAGUGUGGACAGCCGGUAGCCAAGGAGGAAGUGGGAACCCCGGGCUUGGACAGGGCCUGAUUCGUGUAGUAGGCUUUUGUUUCAUAAUAAUAUAUACAUUUUUAAAAGCUGCAGCUGUUCCACCUCCUCUGGGGCCGAGCGGAUUUUAAAGGCGAAAGAGAACUUGAGAUGUGGAUUUUUGAAGGAAGUCGGCGCUUAACGGCUAAUUUCAAAUAAGGGGAUGUAAUUUUUUCUUCAUACAUCGGAGGGCAGUGGAUCAUGAAAAUACAUCCCCACCCAAUUCUGCGAGAGCUCCACAUGUAAUUGCUCCCAGCGAAUGAUCCAAAUCUCCAGCUCAGGUCAGAUCCUCACAGUCCAGUUAAUCGUACGCCUCUGCUCGUUCUUUUGAAUAUUGACUCUGCUGUCACUCCACCUACUGUCACGUGGAGGGCCCUCAACACUGAAACUUUCCUUUCCUCUCCUUUUGAGAUAAAACUUUCCCAUUUCUCUUCCCACAAAGUAUUUAUGCACAUCAAACAAAAUGGGGAAAAUGCUCUCAAAGAUCUUUGGCAACAAAGAAAUGAGAAUAUUGAUGCUUGGACUUGAUGCUGCUGGUAAAACGACCAUCUUGUACAAGCUGAAGCUGGGACAGUCGGUCACCACCAUCCCCACGGUCGGAUUCAACGUGGAGACCGUCACCUAUAAGAAUGUGAAGUUCAACGUGUGGGACGUGGGAGGGCAGGACAAGAUCAGGCCGCUCUGGAGACAUUACUACACGGGCACCCAGGGCCUCAUUUUCGUGGUGGACUGUGCCGACAGAGACAGGAUCGACGAAGCGAGGCAGGAGCUCCACCGGAUCAUCAACGACCGGGAGAUGAGGGACGCCAUCAUCCUGAUCUUCGCCAACAAACAGGACCUCCCCGAUGCCAUGAAACCCCACGAGAUCCAGGAGAAGCUGGGCCUGACCCGGAUCAGGGAUAGGAAUUGGUACGUUCAGCCCUCAUGUGCGACCACGGGGGAUGGACUAUAUGAGGGCCUGACCUGGCUUACCUCAAAUUACAAAUCUUAAUAAUGUUCCUCCCCCUCACCAGCCUGGACACUUAGAGGCAAAAAAAGUAGCUGAGAAUAAAAAAGGUUAGUUAAAAAUAAAAGCUCGUUCUGAAGCAAUUAAUACCACAACCUCUCUGCUAUGUAUUAAAGAGAGUAGCAAUUAUAUUUUGUUUAAUUUUUUGUUUUGGUAAUGAUAAAUUCACAGUAAUCUCAGAUUUCAUUUAAACAAGAAGCAACUCUUUAUGAUUUUCUGAUUUAUUUCUUUGUUCUUUGCUUCACUUCCUGUAUAAUCAGUACUGUUUAAGUAUACAAUACACUUUUACCGCUUUCUUGCGAGUUCCUACUUUUUUUGUUCUUUUCUAUAACGUCUUUGAAGGGAUAUUGUGGGACACUUGUAGUUUUUGCCCCCGACUCCGCUCACGUUCAGUAUUGUCAUGACCCAGCUACAUAUCCAAAGGAUGGGACGAGUCGGGAAGCCAUCGCCGAGCAUCAGCAUAUCACUUUUAUGGUUCAAACUGCCUUUGUAACUUGUAAGAAUGUGUAUUAUGGUUAUGUUGGGACAGAAAAAAAAUCAUUUUCAUAACUGAUUGUACUGGAAUGAAUGCGGAAGUGUGUCAGUACUUAUUUCCUGUGCAGUGAUUACAUCCAUAAUGUCUGCUAUUUCUAUGAAAGACACUAUGUGGACCCUGGAUACUCACACUGUGAUAUGGAUAUAUAUUUUUGUUGUUUCAAGGUCUGAAUCUGUUACCACCAAUAAUAUCGUUGCUAUUAUUUUUAUUAUUGUAAUUAGAGCUUUUUUUUUUCCUCCCAGAGCUUCCGUUACUGUUGAGUAUUUGUAUUUUCAGCCGCCUUAGCUGGGGUUAAAGGCUCCCAGUUUAGGUACUCAUGACCGCUGAAUAUGCACUUUGGGAGGGGGACUUACAGAUUAGCUGGAUGUGCACAUUCUGCUUCUCUGUGUCUGACUUUUGGACCCCAGCGAGUGUUUACGGAUCCCCAACCCCCGACCAUCUGAAGUAUCGGUGCUACAGCAACUGCAGCUCUCCUCCUCCUUUCUUUUUUUAACUCGUCAUCACCUGUCUGUAUGCUAAAGGUCCUUCAGACAGACCAGCUUUGUGCUAACAGUUAAUACACACUGUUCUGUUUUAUUUUUGUUCCCUUUUUUUGGCCUAUGCUGAUGGAAAUAAUAAAAAAAUAUAUCCAGAUCA